GGGUCAGACUAUUUACGCAACGUCACAUCCUGGUGUUCCGCCGCAACCGAGAAGAACAGAAAACGUAUAUCUAGCGUGUCGCCCUGACAGACAUAAGGUGUGUGGUAACCUAUCACCCUGUUUCUGUUUGCCAACGCUUCCGGUCUUCUGCAACGUAAUUGUUUUUGUUGUCUUCUCUCUCCUUGUCACCACACUUCUCCGCACAUACUCGUACAAACGGAGUAAACGUAUUUAAUUCCUAUUUUGACGCUACAAACCCUUUUUCUUUUCUUCUUUCUUUCACCUGUUCCCACAUCAUGCGUCGUCGCAACAUCCUUGUGGACGCCCUGCAGGCGGCGGUCUUUCCGGACAUGGAAUUCGUGCUGCUGCGCUGCCCCAAAUUCUAUGCGAAGGAAAACCUAGAAACCGUCUUCCCCGACGCCGCACAGGCCACAACCGCCCUGUCCGGUGGUGCACCGCACGAUUCAAAUUACUAUCUGCUUUACACCUUCCAGCCGUCCGACUAUGUCAUGCAGAAGCCCGGCGACGAGGACGAGGCGGCGCUGUCGCUCGACGGCGACUCACAGGACCUGAGCAACGACGACGACGACGUCGCGUCGACCGCGGUGAGCUCGCCUGCUGGCAAGGCCGCGGAGGACGACUUCUCGGAGUUGAUUCAGUACACACCGGCGUCCGUCGAGUGGAAGGACCGCAGUCGCGAGCGCUUUUUUCACUUCAUGAAGGCUGCGAGGGAGCGCAUUCGCGAGCGUCUGAACGCAUCUGCCGGAGACGUGCCGGCGGCGCUGUUUAUGGACUGGCCAGAUCCCGCCACCGGGCUGCCGGUGAAGUCGAAGCGUGGUGCCUCCACCUUCAACGACGCCGACACGAUCCAGCAGUUCUUCUCGUACAGCAGCGUGCUGAUUGCCGGCCCUGGUGGCGGUUGCCGCAUGAUUGAGCAUCCGCGCUUUGGCCUCAACGUGUACCCGGCAGCGGGUGUCAUUGUAGUGCCGCGAUGCGAAGAAGCGGUGCUGUGCGACGCCGUGCGCAGUCUGUCUCCCUGA